CGGAAGUGGAGCUGCCGCCACCGCCGCCGCCGAUUCCGGAGCCGGGGUAGCUGCUGCCGCCGCCGCCGCCGCCGCCGCCGCCUGUGCAGCCGCCGCCGCCGCCGCUGCCUGAGGAGUGGGCUUGGGAAGGAAGCCGUCCCCGCGCUCGGAGCUUCGCUCGCAAGCGUCUUUGCCUCCUGCCGCCCUCCCGCGGGAACAACCAUGGAUAAAAGUGAGCUGGUGCAGAAAGCCAAACUUGCCGAGCAGGCCGAGCGCUAUGAUGACAUGGCUGCGGCCAUGAAGGCCGUCACGGAGCAGGGGCAUGAACUCUCCAACGAGGAGAGGAAUCUGCUCUCCGUUGCCUACAAGAACGUGGUGGGCGCCCGCCGCUCUUCCUGGCGCGUCAUCUCCAGCAUUGAGCAGAAGACAGAGCGGAACGAGAAGAAGCAGCAGAUGGGCAAAGAGUACCGGGAGAAGAUCGAGGCCGAGCUGCAGGACAUCUGCAAUGAUGUUCUGGAGCUGUUGGACAAAUAUCUUAUUCCCAAUGCUACACAACCAGAAAGCAAGGUGUUCUACUUGAAAAUGAAAGGAGAUUAUUUUAGAUAUCUUUCGGAGGUGGCAUCUGGAGAUAAUAAACAAACCACUGUGUCGAACUCCCAGCAGGCUUACCAGGAAGCAUUUGAAAUUAGUAAGAAAGAAAUGCAGCCUACACAUCCAAUUCGACUUGGCCUGGCACUGAAUUUCUCCGUCUUCUACUAUGAGAUUCUAAAUUCUCCUGAAAAGGCUUGCAGCCUGGCAAAAACGGCUUUUGAUGAAGCAAUUGCUGAAUUGGAUACACUGAAUGAAGAGUCUUACAAAGACAGCACCCUGAUCAUGCAGUUGCUUAGGGACAAUCUCACUCUGUGGACGUCGGAAAACCAGGGAGAUGAAGGAGAUGCUGGGGAGGGAGAGAACUAAUGUCUGUUGUACUUCGUGAUCUGUUCAGUGUCACUCUGUACCCUCCACAUAUAUCCCUUUGUGCGAUGAUAAAAAAAAAAAAAAAAAAAAAAAGAGUCGUACGUCGACUUUCAAUUUUUCACAGCCUCAGCCUAGCAAAAUGGUCCACGGGAUAAACAGCUGGUGUUUGUAUCUAAAACUCAGAUUGGUCACAUAAAUGCCACGGCAUUCUGAAGUUUUGGUUUUGAUUAACAUUGACAGGAUUACUGUGUGUUGAAUUUUUUUUUAAACUGAACACUGUGAUUAUGGGGUUUUGUAACUUCGCAGAACUCUUACUGGUAGAAAAAAAUAGAUCUGAAUUAUGUGUAACUUUUUGGAAAGUUUAAUCUGAUAUCAAACUAGUCACUGAAAUAACAGUUCCAUUGUAAAGUUGUACAGAAAGCUAUAGAGAUUAUAUUGUGAAGCUGGGACGCAGAGUGAGACACCUGUCCUGUGACAUUCAAGUGUGACAGUAACUCACAGUCAUUCUGCCUGUUUGGGAGGGAUUACAGACACUUGGCCAGUUUGGGCUGUUGCCACUCAAAAGUUCAUGACUGCAGAUGUCCAGUGUCUUCCUCCGAGUAAACUUGAAGCCUGAAGUAGCCUGAACUCUUUGUGGCAGAUAAUUGGGUUUGACACCAUGAAAAAGGUCCAGUGCUCCUAAAACACGUGACUAGCACCCCUUUCCCGUAGCCAUCUUACUGAUUUGCACCUUGCGCUCUAGCAGUGGAAUCUGUUUCCCUUGUAACUGGGACCUAGAGAAGAAAAGGAAAAAAGCCGCAUAUCUGUUUCCUGGGUCAUACCUUUAAGAGUAAUGUUCUGCAGAGAUUGCCUUCCACCUGAGAAGUACUCAGCCUUUGAGUGCUUUCUAGCUUGGGGCUUUUAAAUUUUGAAAUCGAAACAUUCUUCCCCCUGUCCUUUUUUUGACUGUUGACUCUGGUUUUUCUUUUCAGUCUUUAAACAUCUGUCCUGCUUCCUUACGUUUUUUUUCUUUUUGAAUUUUGUCCUUGUCUUCUCUCCAUUGUUUAAUCUGGCAUGGGCCAGGUGGGGGCUUGGAGGGGGUGAGCAGGGUCGGCGAGCACUUUGGUCAGCAGGCUUCGCUUCGGAGAGUUAAGAAGAGCUUCUAGCACAUAGCUCUGACUUCCUCCAGUUCUCAGCACUCUUGUUUGCUCUUCAGUCCAACCAAGAAUCUGAAUCAAAAAGUGUUUUUCAAUACCCAUGAUUUCUCCCUGUGUUGCAGCCAGCCCUGAUAACGCUUGUUAGUACCUGUCACCACAUCCCCCAAGUGUGCUCCUCCAGCCAAGUUCACAGACCUGUCUGAACAAGACCCUAUAAUGCAGGGAAGUUGCAUGAACACUGCAAUGGGGAGAGUCCAGAAUAGCCAGGCCUACCAAGUCUCACAGUACCCUUCUCCCUUGAACAUUCCACGUUGCUGUAAUGUCCACCUGUUUGUCCAUCUGCUGAAAUGAGAAAAGAAAUCUUCAUGCACUGAUUUAAGACAAACCAAAAAAAGAAAAAAAAAAGAAAAAAAAUCCCUUUCCCCUUUCUAGCUGAACAAAAACGUGCAGUUAAUACUUGGCGCUUGAAAAUGCAGUAGUGAAUGUGGAACGAGCCUGUCUGUAUAUCUGGUAGCUCUUUCUUGCUUCGUUUUUCCUUACCAGUAUUUCUGCCUCACGUUUGCUUCUGUGACGGUUAUAUUGCCUAGCAAGCACACCUGUGGUUGUGAAAAUAGAAUAGCAAAAAAAAAAAAAAAAAAAAGAUAAAAAAGAAAAAUCCCCAGUUAUUGAUGUACUAGAUUUGUGUAUGUCUUUUAAACAGUUCUAGUUUCCACCUUAACACGGAAUAAUCAGGAAAAGUGUAAAAAUUCAAAGUGAAAUAAAAAAUUUUAUCAGUU